AUGAGCUCCGAGCGUGCCUUGAAACUGGUCGAGUAUUUCACGAUUAUUUUGAUCGUGACGGUUGACGGUGUGCUAAGUAAUGUCGUGGGUCGGGGACACGACACCUUUCGGUUUUAUUCCUCUCAAAUCUUAUUAGAAGUAGAUUUUAUGGUGGCUAUGGAAAAGAACAAGAAAUGUAAGGACACUAUUGUGCCAAAAAAGAAUGGAUUCAGUGAUCAAAACGGUAAUAAGAAGGCUGACGCUAGCCCCGCAACCUCGGCUGAACAUCAGCCCUAUAGGGCCCCGUCUGUGGUGGCUAAAUGA